UUUGCGCGAAUUUAGGAAUCACUUCGAUCAAACUCCGAUUGAUUUAUUAAGUAAUAUCUACAUUUUUUAUUAAUAUAAAUAAAAAAUGAUUAGCUAUGUAUCUACACAUUAUACAAGAGUGAUGGCGCAUGCGUGAAAAAAAGAUCUCCCACUACCAAGGAUAUGUAGGAAAAUAUUUGAGAAUAAGAUGGAGCUUUCAUGAUUUCUCUUAGAAUUUUAGGUGUUUUUCUAUUGACAAAGAAAAACUCGAAUUUUUCACAAAAUGCCACCGAAAAAGGCACCGGCGCCGAGCAAAAAAGCGGAUCAAAAAAAAAAGGAAAAGGUUAUUGAGGACAAGACAUUUGGCAUAAAAAACAAAAAGGGUGCCAAGCAGCAAAAAUUUAUUCAGCAAGUUGAAAAACAAGUGAAAUCGGGCGGCGUAAAUCCGCGCAAGAUCGAGGAUCCUACGACCAAAAAAUUGGAAAAAGAAAAAAAGUUAAAAGAGCAAAAAGAAUUGGCACUUAUUUUUAAACCAGUUCAAACACAAAAGAUAGAUAAAGGCAUAGAUCCCAAGUCUGUUGUGUGUGCAUUUUUCAAACAAGGACAAUGUACAAAGGGGGAUAAAUGUAAAUUCUCUCAUGAUUUGAGCAUUGAACGAAAAGCUGAAAAACGUUCAUUGUAUUGUGAUAUGAGAGAUGAUGAUAAGGAAGAUGAUACAAUGGAUAAAUGGGAUGAAGAUAAGCUGAAAGAAGUUGUAGAGAAGAAACAUGGUGGUGGCAAUCGUCCUACUACCGACAUUAUCUGCAAAUACUUCUUGGAAGCAGUAGAAAAGGCAAAAUAUGGUUGGUUUUGGGAGUGUCCAUCUGGUCAAAAGUGUAUUUAUAGGCAUGCUUUACCUCCUGGAUUUGUUUUAAAGAAAGAUAAAAAGAAAGAAGACAAGAAAGAUGAAAUCUCUUUGGAAGAUCUAAUAGAAAGAGAAAGGGCCAAUUUGGGACCUCAUCAGACCAAGAUAACAUUGGAAACAUUUUUGGCUUGGAAAAAGAGAAAAUUGAAAGAAAAAGAAGAGCAGGCCAUCAAAGAUGAAGAGAAGAAGAGAAACGAUUAUAAGGCUGGUCGCCAAAUCGGCAUAUCAGGAAGAGAAAUGUUCUUCUUUAAUCCAGAUCUUGCAACAGGAGAUGGUAUUGAUGAAGGAGAUGAAGCAAUAUCUAGUUAUGUUCGCGAAGACGAAGAUGAUUUCGAAGAUGUACAAUAUAGAGAACUCGAUACGGAACGCCUCGCUUUUGAAGCUAGCGAAAUCGACACUAAUGGUAUCACUGUGGCUACUAUAGAUCGGUUAAAGGUCAACAGUAUUGCUGAUAACAAUAAGGAUAUUACAGUGACUGUGGAAGAGGGUGCCGCGGCGGUAGCUAUUAACGAAAAUCUUUUCAUGGAAGAAGAUUUAGAGGGUUUAGAAGAAGAAUUGGGGGACCUGGACUUGGAGGAGUAAUCCAGUUGUCCCGAUCAUGCAUCUCUCCUCACUACAUCAUGUUGCUCCAGUGUUUUAUCUUCUUUAAUACAUAUUGCUGAGAUAACCAUUAGCCCCAAAUGUGAUGUAUUAUAUAUUAAUAUAAUUUGCAUUCCUUCCCCUCCCCCUAUUCUCUCACACAACGUUGCAUCAUCAAUAUUUUAGCAUCAAUGUUGCAUUUAUGUAUUUGGGUAUGUGUAUAAAGAGCUGGUCUCGCGUAAAUCAUGUAGGAUAUAUAGCAUAACUCGAUAUCGAUUCAAUUACUUACUAUUUUCACUAAUUAAAUUUGUCUUUUUAUAAUGUCGAGUUUAUAUCUAAUAAUUAUCUGUGAAUAUCAAAAUAUUUAGUGCUACACAU